AUGGAUAAUUGGAUAAAAUUACAGAUGAAUAAAAUGACAGAUAAAUUGAAAGCGGAAAUACGAAAAGAAAACAUGGAAUUGAAAGUAUUGUUUAACAGCUUUAAGGUGGAGGAAUUGAAAGCAGAAAUAACGAAAGGGAACAUGGAAUUGAGAGCAAUGAUUACAGAUCUUAUAAACGCAAAUGUUAGAUCUGAGAGCAGCGGGCAAACAAACACACAGAGGACUUAUACGACAUCAGAUGAGGAGGAAGAUAGUCAGUACAUGCAUUACCAAGGAAACACUGAAGACGACCAAAGUGUUAAGAAUGAUUCUGAACAAGACAGCAGUGAUCAUAGUGAUAUUCAUGAAGAGGAAGCUAAGAAUGAUACGAUUGAGAUCGAUGACGUAGAAAUAGAAAAGGAACAAAAUCUGACAGAUGGAGCAGAGAUGGAAAUGUUAUUUACGGAGCCAAUGUACCUGACACCUUUAAAGCAUACCAUUUAUUCAAGAGACAACAGUCCACCAAAGCCAAUACUUCCUGCCAAAGGCAAGCCAAAAAACAUCUUAAAUCCAUUCAUUCGAUGUGUUAGAGCUUUUGGUUUUGCAACUUGA